AUUAUAUGGAAGGUGUACAUGGACGUAAUAAAUCGGUGUCACCUAGGAAAUAAUAUUGAUGUUUUAUACCUUUAAAGUUAUAUUGCAGGAUGAUCCAUAAUUUUGUUGUGAGUUUGAGGUAAAUGGAUAACUUAUCCAUUAAAUGAUCAAAAAAUGACCAAAAGUCAACACUUAAUACACCCGUGUAUCGGUUGUCAUGAACGCUAAAGAUUUGAGAACCGAUUCUGCUCUGGGUGGACAUAUCAACGAUGGCAGCACAAAGUACGCCCAGAGCGGCAAUCCCCUACAAAAUAACUCCAAACCAUAUCAAGAUAUUGGUGCUAAUCCUUUGGCUAAAGUGGAUGUACAGACCUCGCGGCCGUGUGCGAUCAUCGGACCCGAUCGAAUAUUGCCGUCUCCAAACUGCAACGACGGUUUUGCGAAGAAAAUAUUAUCUGACUCUUGGCCAUGCUCAGACAAUAUAUAUCGGCAACCUCCAGACUAUCCUCAUAAGAUGUCGGAAUAUCAGCCGCCAAGAAACAUAUCUCCUAGACAAACAUUCCAAGAAAACAUGCAAAGAAUAAUGGUGACACCUUACAAUACAUCAAAAAAAGUUGAUGAAUCAAACUACCCUGCAGACAGAAAUGCUACUAUGCUAAAAAAUAUUAAAGUGAAUUUGCCUUCAGAACCAAAGUAUUGUGAUGUGCCUUAUACAAUUGGUCCAGCUUGCAAUGAGCAAAAAAACUUAAGAGUUACAGAAAUUCCUGUGGCUAAUUUAAAUCCUGGAGUUCCUCGAAAUGGCCCUCAUGGAUGGCCAACUAAUAAUGUUAAUGUCAGACCACUAAGACCUUAUGGUGCUCCUGAACUCUACCAGUAUUCUGAUUAUCCCAGUUGUGCUGGUCCAAGACCAAUGCCAAUUAUAAGACCUCAUCGAACAGUUCAAGAGGACCACAGCCGUCUGUAUCCAGAACAGUAUUACCAAGAUCCUAAUGUUCGAUUUAGGCCAUAUCCAACAAAGGGGAGGUACCCGCCUGGCAGGUAUGAUUAUAUUAGUAAUUAUCCAAAUUCAUUCCAUGCACCAUUCCCACCUCAUGCCUUUGAUCCACAAAAAUCUGCCCCACCACAUUCUUAUCCUCUCUAUCCACAAGUUCCAAUUAAAUAUAUUGACAGAAGGAUGGGGGAACCAAUAAUGGAUGCAUAUCAAAGGCCUAGUCCUCAAGCAAAUUUGAAUGUUGCAUACCGUAACCAAAUAAUUCACCCUCCUUAUGGGCCACUGCAACCAAAUUGUAUACAAAAUAAUAUGUUCCCUUAUCCCUCUGAUAGUUCCAAAUCAGUGAUACCAAACAAAUUACCUUACACUAACAACAAUAAGAUAUAUCUUGAUUAUGAAGCAUCACAGAGUAAAAAAAUCUCAGUUUCUGAUAGUAUGUACUCAAAUGAUGCUAAUCAUACAAAAACUAUGAAUGGUGAAAUUGUUUACCCUAAUUAUCCGCCUGUUAAUAUGCAUGGAAUUUCUCAGCUACCACUUUAUCGAAAGGAAAAUGUUCCUAUGAAAAAUUUUGAUUAUGUACCUCAUUUAAGAAAUUUGGACCCUUCAGUUAAUUUUCAUAGCCCAUUAUUGAGACAUCCUUUACAUUUCUCUCCAACUGCUGUUGCAAUUUCUCCAUCUGAUUCAAAUACUAGCAAUGAUACAGCCCAGACACAUACAACUCAAGAAGAUUGUGGUUAUGUAAGUCAAUCAUCAACUGCAAGUGUAAGAAGCUUAGACUCACAUAUCAAUGGCUUUCCAAAUGAUCAUCACACUUACAGACCACCUGAUUAUAGAUAUGGAUAUUUACCUAGAAAUGUCACAGCUCAAGUUCCUAAUAGUAGUAAAAGUUCUAAAGUAAAAAAAGACUUGAAUGUAAGACAAUUUUUACAAAUGUGGAAUGAAGGGGAUGAUGAAACCAAUGAACAGACCAAGGAAGAAACACUUUCAAAAGGUAGAGAUGAUUUAAAAAACUUACAGAAUCAGCAUGAAAGUGCAAAUAAACAGGAACAGCUUUAUGUUUUGGGAUUGGUAAAUGUACCAAGUGAAGAACUAGCUAAAUAUGACCAUAUACAAAAAAUAUCGAAAUUACCUGAAAAUAUCAAAGGUUAUAAUAACAUUGAGUUACUUAACCAAUUCGAAGAAGCUAUUGAAUCUACAAAUAUGAGACCAUUCAAUAUGAAACAACAAAAGGAGUAUAAUGCUCCUUUAAAAAGUACUAUGACGAAACUACCAAUGAAUGCUAUACCCCGACCAGUAUCACCUCUAGAUGUUGAAGCGAAAAUAAGCCAGUCAGUUAUUCAUAAAGAAGUAGGAUGUAACUUUGAAAUAAAGCUUUGCAGCCCGAAAAUGUUAAAUGCUGAAAAUGCUACUCCCAUUCAAAACAUAUUAGAUGAAAGAAUAAUAGAAAAAGUAUCCAAUCCUAUUGCUUCAAAACCAAUACUCUUAAAUAAAACUGAUAAAAGUAAUAUUGACCGAAGUUUUGCAAAUGCACAAAGUCUAAAUCUUGAAAAUGCUUCAAGAGAUAUUACAAGUUGUUCUAUGGAUAAUUUACAGUUCAGAAAUGAUAAUUCCUUAGAUCCUGACAAACCAAAUUAUAAUUUACAAUAUUUGGAAUACUCAAGUGUAUGUUUAGCAUCUUUACCUCGACUAGAUAAUGAUAUUGAAUUAAAUUUUCCCGAAAUUAAUCAGCAGUUUAUAAAUGCUAAUAAUAUGGAAUCAGUGAAUUCGCCUACACCUGUUAAAGACUUACCUAUAUUGGAUUCUGAACAGAAAGACAAAGGCAGCACUUUGAAUAAAAUUGAAAACUCAAAUAAAUUAUCGCUCUUUUCUCCAAAAGCAGAAGUUGAAAACAAUGUUUCAAAACUAAGCAAAUAUCGCAAAUUCAGGAAAAGUGACAUAGAAUCUAAAGAAAGCCAAUUAAGUCCCGUAACUAAACCACAAUUCAGGACGGACAGUGUUAUUAUAAAAAAUCCGGAUAUGAAUAAAAAUAAUGAAAACGAGUGUAAUAUUAUUCGUGAUUGUAAUGCCGAUAACGAGCACGUUACCAAAAAGCAAGAGUUGGUAACGGACGAUAGUAUUACGUCGCCUCAUACUCUGCAAGACGAUGAAAGUAUGAAAUUUCUAAAUCAAAGUAAUUUUGAUCAGGAAGAUUGUAAUGUCUUGCCAAAGAUAAAUAAUGAUCUGGAAGAGUCUAGUUUGUCUUCAGAUAUUGCAAUUGACUUUAGCCUAAAUAGAAGCAAUAUAGAAUCAACGAGGGAUAGUUCUCUAAAGGAUAAUAUUAAUGAGUCGUUGUUAAAUUUAAUUGAUGACGAGAUCAAUAUUUCUGAAGCAUUCGAUAAAGCUGAAUUGUCUACAAACAGUAGCAUCAACAUACCAAAUGAAGAUGAGAGUUCGAAUCAUAGUGAAGAAAAAACAAAUUUACAAUUACUGAAGGACCUUGGAGAAGAAGAGUUUUCCGAUAAAAUAUUACCAUCACAAUCUAAUGUUACAGAAAUGGAAGAUGAAAAAUGUCUUGAAACUGAAAAUGACAUAAUGUUUAAUUCAGAAAAUACAAAUUUAAGUAUAUCAACUAAUACAGUUGAUACAAUUAUUGAUAAAAAUGAAAAUAAAAAUGAGGAUGUUUUAUCAGAAGAAUGCAAUAUCCAAGAUUUUAUUUCUAAUAAGGAUUCUGAAAAUAUUACUCAUGUAAGUUCACAACCUGAAGAAUCAAAUUGUAUUGAUGAAAAUGAAAAUUCUGAUCUUGCAAAAGAAAGUUAUUCAAACAUAGAUAACGACUUUGAAAGUAAAAUUUUUUACCAUGGUAUGUCUGAAAAAGAACAAGACGUACAAGAAGAUGACAGUAAUUUGAUGAUGUCAAAUAAAAUAAUCGCGUCAGAAGUCGAUUUCAGUAAUAAUAGUGAAACUUCCGAGGUCCAGUUGAAUGUACCUCCAAACACUUCAGAGGAACCUACACUUUUAACCGAUUUAAUGUCGUCGGACGUAAAAAGUAAUAAAAACGAAAACACUAAAUGUAGUGAAGCUCUUGAAGUAUCCACGCCAGUUUCGAAUAGAGAUGUUUACUUUAACAAACGGUUAUAUUCGAGAAUAAUUCAAAACCUUAUAAUACGUAAUGAGGAGGCAGUAUUAAAAGAAAAUAAAUCAUUACAUGAAUCAAAAAUAAGUCUUACCUAUGAAGAUAACGUUAUCGAUACUCAUAGUUGCUCUAACAAUCCUAUAAAUGACGAUUAUACAAACAAUUCAACAUUGCCUAUCUCUGAAAAAUUAGAAGUUUCAGAACAUUCUGAGUGCACAGAUCCCAAUCAUACUGAAGAUAUCUCAGUACAUAAAAAUGAUACGAAUGCUUUCACUGCUACACUGGAAAUAGACAAUACUAUUUCUAAUAAUGAUAAAAUAGGUUAUAGGGAUAUUGAUGAUGAUCAUAUUAUAUCUGAAUGUGAAGAUGGAGCUAUAAUAAAAGAAACAUUGAUUAGCCCAGAACAUGUUGAUAGUUCUGUGGUAGAUUGUGAGGCAGAAAAUUUUACUAAUGAUUGUGUUUUAAGCAAAGAAAACAGUGAAACUGUAAACGCCGAAUCGACCGAGGAAAGUUUUGAUAAAACGGAAGAAAAACAAUCAUCCUGUAACGUUGAAGAAGAAGCUAUAAUUAAAUCUGAUGUAAGCAUCGACCGUCGUUUGCGUUUAAAACGGUCUUUGUCUGAUUCUGCUUUAAAUACGUAUACCAACGAAGACAUUAAACCAAUGAACACUGAAAACAUGUAUACGAUUCCAAGAAAACGUAAAAAGAUUAAUCCUUGUGAAAUGAUGGAACCACAUUUAAUUGCCCAAAACUUAUGCGAAAUUAUUCAAACGAAUCGUCGUAAUUCCAUCUCCACUCUAUAUGACGAGGAAAAUGUAUCCUUUUGUAUCCUAAUCGAUAAUUCAUGUGUUAUAACAGAAGAUACAGAAGAAGAACAAAAAAUUUGCUUGGCUGAAAUAUCUGAAGAUGUCUAUGAAAACGAAUUGAAAAACGACUCUACAUUUGAAACAGAGAGUAUUAUAUUUACAAAUGAAAUACCUAAUAUUGAAACAUGUUCUGUGAGUGAAGUUAUUGAUACAGAUACUAAAAUUGAUACAGACAGUGAAUCAAUCGAUGAUGUAAAUGAUUUUGUUCAGGAAAACAUCGAGCAACACACAGAAAGUAAAACUGUUGGUGAAGACUCCUGGAUUGAAGACGUUGCAUGUGUAGAGACCGUAUUUAGUGAUAACAUAGCUGAAGAUGUAGUUCUUGAUGCGCCAUAUUCGCCAAGUGACAGUGUAUUAGACUUUGAUAUCGAAGAGAAAAAUGAAUCCCUAAUUUACAAUGACAAUGAGAAUAUAGAAAAAAUAAAAUACAUUUAUGGCAGUGAAAUGUGUACCGAUGAUGCAGAACUUGUAGAGACUUUGUACAGAACUCCGCAAAUGGACGUGACAAAAACUCUUAUUCGUAGAGAAUCUCAGUAUUCAGAUGAAAGCAAUCGAUAUUACGAUAACGAUUCAUUGGAAAAAGUUUUGUCGGAAUCAAACGAUAGUCCAUAUGCAUCUGACAUAAAGUGUAACAGAAUUAAGAAUAUCUCGCCUAAUAUAUCAAAGUCAGCAACAGAACAAUAUGAUAAAGAAAGGAUAAAUUCCAAAUCACCACCAGGGAAUGUUGUGAAUAAUAAAAGCGACUUCACUGAUUCAGACUUCGAAGAUAAUCUACAUAAGUCGUUGGAAAACACCAUAUACCAACCAACGCAAUAUGAUAUAGUACAUUCAUGUGAAUCGACUUGCGACAGUGCGAUAACUUACCACCAUAAAGAUGAAAGCCCGCGAUAUUCGAGCUCGCCCGAAGUGUCCUCCACCACGUCUGAAGAGAAAAGCUGUGGCAUUCUAUUAAAAAUAACAAAGUGUAAUGGAUCCAUAUCAUCUCAAAUAAACGAUUUUAAUACAAAAAGUACAAGUAAAAUAAGUAAAUUGUCUGAAAAUAAUGAACUAGUAAAUUAUCAUAGAACAAGACCACUUCUAACAAAAGCCGCACAAAAGUACAUUCCCCCUUUGAAAGAAACUAUACGCCACUUAAAGGUUAAACUUCCUUUGCCACAAAACAGUCUCAAUAAAUUAAAACUUUUAAAAAUAGCUAAAGAUAAACCAAAGUCAGAGGAACGUCAUAACAAAAGUAAUGAUUUGUUUAAACACAAUUAUCCAAAGAAGAAUAAACCAAAGUUUGAAGAUGUCCUUAAAAGCAUAGAUGAGAUCCAAAUAAAAAGGCAUAAAGAAAAAAAUAAGAGACACAAACACUCUAUUCCUAAAGUAGUUAUUAAGAAAAAUGAAAACGGUGCUCAUUACGCGAGCACAUCGAGCGAUAGGGACGCGUACAAUCCAGACUUGACGGGAAGAAAAUGGCAACCAUGGGUAUUUAUAGAAAAAAACUAUUUUGUCGACAAAAUGGCUUUAAAUAACAAAGCAAAGGCCAUAUAUAGUUAUAGAAAAAAUACUUAUGUGUUAGCUGAGAAAUUUAAGAAAUACAAAUCUGUUAAUAAUGCAAAGUUCAUUAUAACACCACCAAAGUUGGAAGACAUAUCUUCUGGUAAAUUAAAAUAUACAAUACGUUUAAAUCAUAAUUACUAAGGUAAUUUGUAUGCGUUAUAUUUAGGUUUUUCUUGUGUAUAGUAAUGGUUAAUCCAUUUAAUAUCCCACCACAUGAAGAUGGUUUACAUUCCUUCUAUUUAUUUAUCCCAUAGUUACCCAAUUUAUUUAUCAACUUAAUAGAUGAUAGCAUUGAAGCCAAAAUUUAAUUGUGAUUAAUUACAAAGAUAUAUUUAGCUACUUUAUUUGUAGUGCAAUUUGAUCAGAUCUGUAUUUUGUUAUGUUAUUUCAAAUUUUAUAUAUAGUUUUUCUGCUAUAAUCAUUCCAUAAGUUAUUGUUUUUAUAAAAUUGUGUCCAAAAAAAAACUUUGUAUGUAAAUAUUGCUAUUAUAUUUCAGUAAACUUUAUAAUACAAAUAUCUGUUGGUAUUUGGUAUAAUAGAUUUGUUAUUAAUAUAUCAUUAUUGUAAAUACUGUUAGGAGAUAUUAGAGUGAUAUUUAUAUUGAAGCACUUUUACAAUUGAUAGAAAGUUUAUUUUUUAAGAAUUAAGACACCCGCGGGAUCACCAUAGAUUUUUGAAUAUAAGAUAAUAUUGGUAUGUUAAGCAUCAUAUAAAGGUUUUUCUAUAAUUCAUGAAAAACUGUUUUGUUAUUACCUGAGAGAAAUUGUUAUUAUGAUCGUAACAUUACGGUCAAAUAUUGCUCACAUAAGUUUAAGCACACUAAUUAUAAGUGAAGGAUAUACUAUUAAUAUAGUAUAAAAGUACAAAGAGUGCACUAUAUUUAUUGUAAAGUAAUGCUUAUUGAAUACGAUAUAUUUAUACAAAUUUUAUAAUGUCACUAUUUAAUGGCAUUAUAAUCAGGCUAUGUUGUUAGAAAAUAUUAACAAUACUCACACAUGGCUAAAAAGCUAUGUAAUUCCACUGGCUUCUGCCAAUUUUCCUUUUUCAAUACGCAAAUGAAAUAUGUAACGUGUUUCUAAAACUCAGUGCCUCAAAUUAAGUGUCUCACUUUGUCCACUUUUAUCUGUUUUAGGAUAUUACCAAAGCACUAAUAUAACGUCCUAAAAUAUAUCCAUGUGCAGUUAAAUGUACAGCAUAUAGUGCCUUUAAACGUAAAGUUUCUAACCAUUGUUAUGCAAGAAUGUUAUUGUAAAUCUGAUCAUUUUAAUUAUGAACUAUUGUAUGCUUUUUGUAAGAUAGAAUAUAUUUAUUAUUGUUCCUAAAUGUAAAAUGUCCAAAAAAGGCUUUGGCAAUGUUAACCCUUUUACUCGUACACGGUUGAUGUUUAUGGUUAAAAAAUUGUGCAGUCGUAACUAAAAGUAAUGCGUAGCAUUUUACUAUUUGCUACAAACUGUUUAAGUUACGCAUUUACUAGUGUGUGUUGCGAUAUUUUCGUGGUAAUAGUAGUUAACAAGUUUCCGCGGAUUAUUUUGCUAUUGAUGUGGGCACGGUGUGGCAACCCGUCGUUUCAAUUUGUACGGUUUUGGGACGGUCAUGCCACACUUAACUUGUGUUAAAUCGCUACAGCCGAAACCAUGUACGUGUGAAAAGGCUUUAACGGAGCGAGUAAAAAAUUAGUGUCGGAAGAUGCGCGUAAUUUUAACAUGUAUUUUAUGCGUAUACACCAUGCAAAAAUUCACUAUGUUUUUGUAAUACAUUUAGCAACGGUCCAGAGAAAUGUAUUGUUUCUAAAGCAUAUUAUGAUCUCACUUAGGCAAAUCCCGUUUUAGCCUUCUGCGUGUUAACGCCUAUACAUGUUUCUAUGGAUACACUAUUUUUAUACUGUAUACAGGGUGUUGAAUAAAUAUACCAAAAAUGUGCUUUUAUCUUUUAGCAAGUGUUGCCUUCGUAGAUAGUUGUUAAGCAUAGUUAAUUUACAAUAUGUGUAUUAACUUUAAUUGUAUAUUAUGUAAGUGUGAGUGGUUAUAGGACUGUCUAUUUAUCAAAGAUAAUCUAUAUGUUAAGGGGAUUAAGUUAAUUAAGUAUAAGUUUAUUAGAAUUUUUAAAUAUUUAACGGUAUGGUUUUACCUUGCUCAUUGUAGGAGCCAAUCUUUUAUUGUGUACUGUAUAGUUAGGUUGUGUUGUGAAUUUUGCGAAGUUGGCCACAUUGGCAUGUUUAUAGGUUAAAGCCAAAAAUUACGGCUCAAAAUAACUCAUGUAUAUCACAAUAACAACUAACACCCGUGAAAUAAAAAUAAUAAAUUUUACAUGCCAUACCUGGGAGGCUCAAUUUUAUGAGUUUUUGGAUUUCGAAAUGUUGUAACAUGUUAAUUUCGUCAUUGUGUUUUUGAAUUCGAUGUAUGUUUGUUACGCACUGUUGACUGGAUUGUUAAGUUUAUUUUUUGCACAUCGUUGGCCAUUCUUAUAAGAUAAUUAAUAAUAUUUUACUGUGGUUAAAAGCACUGUUUAGUUAAUGGUAAAGGAAUAAUAUUUAUAGUCGUAAUAUUUGUUUUGUCGUUUAACGUUAAUGCAUAUCUUUAUGCCAGUAACGCACGUGAUAGUGUUUCGUGAUAGACGUUAUGUGUUAACUCGAACCACGCACUCGCUCCGAACGUUCGGUAGCCACUUCGUGUGUGUUCGUGUGCGUGGAUAUCAAAAAUAUUUUAAAUGGGUAUAUUGUUUUUUGAGUGGUAACUAGUUUUGAGAAAUGUUCUGAAAUUGACCAAAUAAAUGUGUUCCAAAUAAAAAUGCAUUGUUUAUUCAA